GUCAAAUUUAUCAGUCGACCGUGUGCGGUUUGAAGUGAUCUAGUUCGUCAGAAAACACAGACCACGUUUACAAUGAAAUCGAUGGUGGUGUUCUUCGCUCUCGCCGCUGUGGCAUGCGGCUCCUUAAUACCAGUGGCGCAGCCGCCACAUCAUGCCGCGAUCGUGCUGGACCCCCACGGCCGUCCACUCAACACAGCUGAGGUCAUCAACGCUCGUGCCAUCCACUACCAAGCUAAGGCUCUGGAAGGACACUACGCUCCGGUAGUCGCCGCACCAGUGGCCCACUCCGUCGUCGCUGCCCCCGCUGUGGUCGCUGCCCCCGCUGUGGUCGCCGCCCCUGCCGCCGUCUCUCAUCAAUCUCGUGUGGAUGUGCACACAAGCCCCGCUGUUGUAUCCCACGCCGUCGCCGCUCCAGUUGUUGCUGCUUCUUAUUUGGGACACUCCGCAUAUGGCUUCGCUGGACACGAACAUUUUCUGAAGAAACGCUCCCUGGCUGCCUACGGAUACGCUGCGCCCAUCGUUGCACCAUCUGCCGCUGUAGUGUCCCACGCCGUCGCUGCUCCAGUUGUGUCGCAUGCCGCCCCCGUGGUCGCUGUAGGACCCUCAGCCGUAUCUCAUCAGUCCCGUGUUGAUGUGCGCACCAGUCCCGCUGUGGUUACCACCGCAGCUGUCGCCCCCGUUGCGCACAGCGUGUACGCCGCUGCCCCAAUCGCCCAUAGCGUCUACGCUGCCCCCCUUGCGCAUUCUGGUUACUACCAUUCUAGCCCCCUUGCUCAUGGUUGGUAAAGAACGAAUCUGACGAACUCCUAAGAAUAGUAUUUAAUGUAAAAAUGUAAAAAAAAUAAUUUAUAAAUAAAGUACAUACAUACAAUCCCA